UAAGCUCAACCUAAAACACAUUACCAUAGACAUACGUAACCGUUGCAUUUCAUAGAAAUGGCACUUUCACAUGCCCGCAAAGAGGAGAUUCCUAAAGAUGCUGUAAUUAUUAGUGAGGAGCAAGCACUAGCUUAUCAGUGGAGUGUUAUUUCGGGAUGGGAAAAUCGGUGGGAUGUGUGGAGCUUACGUUAUGGACCCGGCAUACUAGGAGCUAUGGCAGCUGCUACAGGCAUUUACGUUAACAAUCACUAUCGCAGGAAAUUGAAACUAGGCAAUUAUGGCAAGGCAUCCACAUACCUGCCAAUCGUAGUCAUACCUGCCAUGUUUUCAGUGUUGUCACACAAAUUUAUGGUGCAAAGAUAUGUAAUAUUGGGUCAAAAUAACGAUUGUCCACUUUGCUUGCAAUUACGUGCAAGUACCUUACAAGGUGGUCUAGGCGUUUGCUACCCAACUUUAUUGGCACCUUUUGCAGCUUUCAUGUUUGCCACACGUCAUUACACAUAUCGUUUGCCAUCCGUAACGAAGGAGCCACUAGAAGUGUUUAAACUAUGGCAGGGCAUGACGCGACCUAUAUUGCCGAUACUGGGAGCAGCGUUAGCUGGACAAGCAGCUGUGGCUAUGUAUAUGACCUACAAAGAACAGAUGCAAAAUUGGCGCUUACAUUUAAAAAUGCAGCAUUUAGAGCAGUUAGCGGAGGAAAAGCAGCAGGAGGAAAAAGCAUUGGAGGCAGCAAAGAAUUUUUAACCGCUUUGUUAAAUUUGUUUACAUCUAUAUUUAUUGCUGAAUGUUAAGAAAAUAGAAAAUAUGCCUUUAAACGAA